AUGGUGUCGGAAGGGGCUCUGCCCGUAGUAUGGUGUAUACGCGAUAACCAAUUAGUGCCUCACCAAGUAUCGGGUGUUAAGUUACAAGGUGCCGUUACGGGUGCACAUAUAGCUGCCGUAACAGACUUUUUACGUAUGGUGUCCGGGACUCCUAUCAUUUUACCACAUACGGCUGUCCCUGAGAACAUUGACAAUGACAUCAAUAAAGAGAAGGAAAACACUACAAGGCGACGAAAGAUGUCGAUGCAAGUUGAGGUACCUUGCGUUUUUCUUUCUGAAAGUGCACUUCAAAAAGCGAAAAGCCGUAGUAAUUCACUGGAAGAAAAAAUAAUAUUUGAAGAUUGUAAUACGCCGUCAUCUGCCAAAAAAGAAUUAAAUAUUAAAGCACUGUCUAGUUGUACCAAUAAUAUAGAAUCUGAAGAGUGCCAAAAAAAAUUAGGAAAAGAAUAUUUUAAACCGUGCCCUCUAAGAGAAACUGGUGGGGAUAUUUAUCCUCAAAGAAUAACGAGAAUUAUAGAGUUAGACGAUUUUAACACUGAAACCUCUGAAACUGAAAAAGAAACCCUUCAGAGGAUAACUAGGAUAAUUGAAUUCGAAAAUAACAACAUGCCAUUGUCAGUAUCAUCGGAAAGAGAUGCUGAAAUGCCGCAACGAAUUACUAGAAUUAUAGAGUUAAGUAAAGAACAUUCUUUUUCCGCCCUUACAAGUAAUUGUGAUCUCGAUAAGGAAAACCCGCAAAGAUUACCUAGGAUAAUAGAAGUAGGAAAAGAAAAUUCAUUUCCCAGUAUGGCAAAGAUAAUAGAAUUAGAAAAUGAGAAGUCGAAUGAAAGGAGAAUAUCUCUGACGAAUGAACGAGAAAUAAGUUGUGGAAUAACUGAAAAUUAUAAUGAAGAAUUUAUGAUCAGGUCCAGACCUUCACACAGAAGUACUCCUAGGUUUAGUGUUGACUCUUCAUGCUCCGAAAACUCUUACGUAAAUAUUGAAACCAUAAAGAGUUUACUGGAUGUAAGAAAAGAGGACAAUACAGAAUGCGGAAGUCCCGAGUCAUUAUCGUCUUGUAAACCUAUUGUUCGAUCCCGCUUUCGACGGAAAAAAACAUCCGUUUGUUCGAUUGGCUCUUCUGAUGGUGACGAUGACAUCGAUGUGAUUUUUAAAUCUAAACCAAAAUCUAGUCAGUGGGUGAGUCUAGAUUGGAUUCCACCAUCGCCAAAGGACGAACCAGUAAUUGCCUGUGAUAAAAACGAUUUUAUAUCUAAAUGGAUAGCCGAGCAAAAUUCGCAAGAUUCUGGUAUCAUACCGGAUGAGCGAAGAAAAAGUCUUCCGCCGAAAUCAAAUGAAAUUUAUCUUCAAAACAUGAGACGGUUUAGUGAUAGCCUGCAGAUAUGUAAAGAAGAUGCGGCCAGUGAUUCUCCAGCAACGGUUAAAUGGAAGUGGCAUGACAUAGUAAAACGGCAUCUUCAAUUAUUAAAAAAUGAUAAAGGUUUUCGACGGCAAAGGGGAAGUUGGAUGAGAACAGCACGGCGGCUAUCUGCUACAAAUAUUAACACAAAAAGCUUGGAACCAUUGCCUCAUGACACUUACAUAAAACUCAAUACGAUGCCAUGGUACUUCCGCAAGAUAAAGCGGAUUGAAGCCGAGAAAAAAUUGCUCCUGCCAGAGAACGAACAUGGUGCUUUCCUUAUUCGCGAUUCCGAGAGCCGCCACAACGAUUUCUCACUAUCAGUGCGAGAUGGUGACACGGUGAAACACUAUCGCAUCAGACAGCUCGACGAGGGUGGAUUCUUUAUCGCCCGCCGUACCACUUUCCGAACGCUUCAGGAGCUCGUGGAGCAUUACAGCAAGGACGCGGACGGCCUUUGCGUCUCGCUAAGCAAGCCUUGCGUGCAGGUUGAAAAGCCCGUGACCGAAGGACUAUCACAUAGAACUCGCGACCAGUGGGAAAUAGACCGUUCAUCCCUUAAAUUCGCUAGAAAGCUUGGGCAUGGCCAAUUCGGCGAAGUAUGGGAGGGUCUGUGGAACAAUACAACUCCGGUGGCAAUUAAGACCCUCAAGCCAGGAACUAUGGAUCCGAAAGACUUCCUCGCAGAGGCACAGAUAAUGAAAAAGUUGCGGCACAACAAACUCAUCCAAUUGUACGCUGUGUGCACGCUCGAGGAGCCGAUCUAUAUCAUAACUGAGCUUAUGAAGAACGGUUCCUUGUUGGAGUACUUGCAAGGCAAAGGGCGCGGUCUAAAACUGCAGCAGCUGAUAGACAUGGCGGCUCAGAUCGCGGCCGGCAUGGCGUACCUCGAGUCACAGAACUACAUACACCGUGAUCUUGCUGCCAGGAAUGUGCUUGUAGCCGACGCGAACAUCGUCAAGAUCGCCGACUUUGGUCUCGCCAGGCUCAUAAAGGAAGACGAGUACGAAGCCCGCGUGGGCGCCCGAUUCCCUAUAAAGUGGACAGCACCCGAGGCAGCUAAUUACAGCAAGUUCAGCAUUAAGUCCGACGUCUGGUCCUUUGGCAUACUACUCACCGAACUCGUCACAUAUGGGCGGAUACCUUACCCAGGCAUGACGAACGCGGAGGUGCUGCACCAGGUGGAGCACGGGUACCGCAUGCCGUGCCCGCAGAACUGCCCCGCCGCGCUCUACGAGAUCAUGCUGGAGUGCUGGCAUAAGGACCCGCUCAAGCGGCCCACGUUCGAGACGCUGCAGUGGAAGCUGGAGGACUUCUUCACCAUGGACAACUCGGAGUACAAGGAGGCGUCCGCCUACUGA